AUGGAAACGACGAUAAAGCCCGCACAAUCUGCGACGAAAGGGUAAGGGUAGGAAAACCUCAUCCCCAACAUUAAUAAUUUUCGUACGGGGGACAAAACGAGAAAUAAGCGGAUCAAAAAUUUCGUACAGAUUUGCAGUGCAAACAUUUACAUCCGAACUAAGGAAGAAAUCAGCCCAGUCGUAGGAAUUAAGGUGUGAUAAUAAUUCGGUUGAGCGAGUUGAUCGGAAAUUGCGGAAAAAGCUAUACUUUGGGGGCGACGUUUUGUCAGCCUCGAAUUCCAACGUUGAAACAACUAUGUCAUGGUCUGAGCCCCCCAGUAGGCCUAGGGAUGACACCGACGAUGGCAUGCAGCCUCUACAGAAAAUUAGGUCAUGUAUGCUUGAGCCUCGGGUAGGAAAAUCCACGGCCUCAAGAAAGUCUUCGAACCUUCUUGGGCCUGAAGGCGGAGACCAGCGGACUUCGGGAAGAUUAAAGUCACCCGCAAUCAAUUGAUACUUAAAGCUUGAGUCGGCCGCAGCAUGAAAUGCCUGUGACAGUAAACGAUCAAAAUUGUCAGUGGCGUUGCGAGGACGAUAGACGCAGCCAACAAGUAAGGAGAACUUAAUUUUUAGUGCAACCUGGAGCCAGCAGCUGCCUUCUACUGCGGAGAAAUCGGGAGGUCCAACGGCAAAAAUGUAAGCGUUUGCUUAACGUAAACGCAGCUGCCUCCACCACGGCUAUCUUGGCGAUCAUUUCGGAUGCAAUUAUAGCCUAGAAGCGAGAGUUUGGAGUCAGCUACGGAGGCUGAUGCCCACGUCUCAGUUACUAAAACAAUAUCUGGACAACGGACGAGCACCAGAGUCUGAAACAAAGGCAUCUUAUUAAGCAAGGAUCUGGCAUUUAAAACAAAAAGUUUGAAGGGAAAGGCUGUUUGUUUCUGAGGUAAGUGGGUUACAUCGUCCAGUUCUGGGCUGCCUACGGAGCAAAUGGUCAGGAUGCAACCAUCCGGUUUUGCAAACAAUUUUGUGGCAUCGAAAAAUUCUGACGUGGAUAAAAAGGGGUAGGACUUGGAGGAGAGAAUGACGGGCAGGUGAUCUGAUAACCAUUGUUAGCUAACUUAUUUUCAGCUGGAAAUCCGCUGGCCAGAUUCUGCAACGCAUUCUCGCCGGAACGAAACUGAGGAUCGGAUGAAUUAACUGAUUCAGUAUGGACAUUAUCAUGAGGAAUAAAUUGGUAAAACGGCCGUGGAGGAAACAAGUUGGGGGGUGGGGGACGCAUUGUUUCCGCUGGAAUAAGAGUUUUAUUAAACGGCGGAAAAAUCGGCAUAUUCGGCCUAAAUGCCGCGAUAUGAAGGCUGGGGGGCAGUUGCGAAUCAGCUACGUUUUGAGUCGGGGUAUUUGAAGCACUGUUAGCCGAUUGUGGAGGAAAAGAGUCGAACAAGACUGGCCAGCAUAUGGUAUUAGGUACGGGAUUCAAAACGGAAAUUGUCGAGGCAGAAUUCCUAAAACAGAUGAGGCUAUCCGCCUCGAAGUGGCGCAAGGUAGAGGAACCUGGACGCGGUCGCUCACAGCCCUUUUAAAGUCCAGCCGAGGAGAGAACACCAGAUGCUAGGGCGGUGAUCAAAGUGAAGGGGGGACAAUGUCACCCUGAGACCUCUUCGCUGACCGGGCAAACUAUUAAAAAAUGGUAGAAGCAGAGGAUUCCGCUGUGAUCGUCAACAGAACAUUUGAGGUUGAAAUGAGUUGUUGACAUCAAGAACCGUAAAAAUCAUCGAUCGGGGUUUUCAGUGGACUUUAUCAGAUACACAAAUGUAGUGUAGUGGCUGGUCUUGAUUUCCUGCACUCCCCUGUAUUUGGUAUUCUACAGAACUCACUUUCAUGGUCCCGCGAUGCUUGUGGAAUCGCAUUGCGAUUGCGAAAUAAGUCCCUUUUCUGCAUAAAUGCGCAUCCAGACAAUUGUGUAUAACAUGGACGGUAAAUGUGUGUCAAUGGUGGCGUCCAUGUACUGGUCGUUGUAGGUCGCUCACUUGCUUGCUGGUGUUGGCUACGCCUAGUGCCUAGUAGUUGGUAUCACAGCCUCACCUGUUGCUCCUCGAAGCUGGGCCCAGCCUAGCGGCCACAUUCCGGCAACCGUCUCGACCGGAGGGCCAAACCGGAUGAGGGUAUCCGUGUGCGUAUCCCCACACACGGUGUCUCUGCUUCUCUUCCUGUCUCCCCUCUCCUCUCUCCCCUUCCUCUCUUCACUUCCCGCCCCCUCUUAACCUCCCCCUCUUUCCUCUUUAGCUUAUUUAAAUUUAAAUUUAAAUUUAAAUUUAAUUUAAAUUUAAUUUAAAUUUAAAUUUAUUUAAAUUUAAAUUUAAUUUAAUUAAAUGCCAGUUUACAGGCAUUGUCAAGGGAAGCGAUUAAACACAAAUCUUCCGCUCUACCUUCUGCUCUGUUCACUCUCUUGUCUACUCCUUCCCACCGCUUUUGAAGUCCCACGGCGAGGGCGACAUGCAAUCGCGUAUGCGGCCAGGCCAAUCAGGUCGUUCUCAGUGGACUUUAUCAGAUACACAAAUGUAGUGUAGUGGCUGGUCUUGAUUUCCUGCACUCCCCUGUAUUUGGUAUUCUACAGAACUCACUUUCAUGGUCCCGCGAUGCUUGUGGAAUCGCAUUGCGAUUGCGAAAUAAGUCCCUUUUCUGCAUAAAUGCGCAUCCAGACAAUUGUGUAUAACAUGGACGGUAAAUGUGUGUCAAUGGUGGCGUCCAUGUACUGGUCGUUGUAGGUCGCUCACUUGCUUGCUGGUGUUGGCUACGCCUAGUGCCUAGUAGUUGGUAUCACAGCCUCACCUGUUGCUCCUCGAAGCUGGGCCCAGCCUAGCGGCCACAUUCCGGCAACCGUCUCGACCGGAGGGCCAAACCGGAUGAGGGUAUCCGUGUGCGUAUUCCCACACACGGUGUCUCUGCUUCUCUUCCUGUCUCCCCUCUCCUCUCUCCCCUUCCUCUCUUCACUUCCCGCCCCCUCUUAACCUCCCCCUCUUUCCUCUUUAGCUUAUUUAAAUUUAAAUUUAAAUUUAAAUUUAAUUUAAAUUUAAUUUAAAUUUAAAUUUAUUUAAAUUUAAAUUUAAUUUAAUUAAAUGCCAGUUUACAGGCAUUGUCAAGGGAAGCGAUUAAACACAAAUUCUUCCGCUCUACCUUCUGCUCUGUUCACUCUCUUGUCUACUCCUUCCCACCGCUUUUGAAGUCCCACGGCGAGGGCGACAUGCAAUCGCGUAUGCGGCCAGGCCAAUCAGGUCGUUCUCUGAUUAAACCAAUAGGCGACCCAUGGUGGACAGCUGAAGCCGUCUGGGACAACCAAAGCAGCCCUAAGUGGCACUGUUUACACAAGCCAGGGUAAGGGGGCAUAAAAUAUGCCUCAAACAAAUACCGGCUUGACGAUAUCUGUGCGCAGACCGUGGCUCCGCAGACUGCAGUACCCGCAGUCGAAACAACCGAACGAAAAACGACAAUCUCUCCCUUCUACCUCCUCCCCCCCGUCCGACCCCACAGGCUGCUAAGGUGAGCCGUCUCAGUUGGGCAGCCUGGGAUGUUCGUCCCCUUUAAACAAUCCCAAGAGAAACCUCCCGGAACGGCGAACGGCGUUUGUUGCUCGGGAACAGGUGCCUUUCAAGUUGUAAAUUGUCGCACUUACCAAAAUCCGGUUCUACAAAGAAGGCCAACUGGAGGAGAUGAGUACCGGUUGUCGCAAGACAGAGUGAUGAAACGCGAGCGUGACCUUUCCAUCGGGAAUGGCAUGGUCGGACGGCCGCCCUAUCUGUCUCAGUCAUUCAACGGUCGUCUGAUUAGACUCCGCCUGCUUCUUUCGGGAGACCAUUUUGCCGCCGUCAUCAGCGUCUAAACCCCCCGAUGACUAACUUGUCGAGGCGAGCAACAAGUUCUAUGAUGACCUGAACGCACUCCCAGUAUCUGUGCCGGAGUCGGAUUAAUUAAUUGUACUUGGUGACUUCAACGUCCGCGUCGGCACAGACCGUGCUGCCAGGAAAUUAGUGCUGGGUCCCCGUUGUAUCGGCGGCUACAGUGACAAUGAUCUGGUCCUCCUAGAAAGCUACGUAUAUCAUCACUUUAUCCUGACCAACACCUUCAUCCGUCUCCCAACGCGGGAGAAGGCAACCUGGAUGCACCUUCGUUGCGACACUGGCAUUUGCGGGACUCUCUCUCCAUCCUGAAGCGGGAACAGCAAGGCAUGCUGAUGACCAAGGUAAUUCGGGUGAUGACGGCUGGGCCAACAAUGCCUCGUUACCCCCAAGUUCAGGAUCUGGCCACAGUCACGCAGGAGACUUCAAGAUAAGCGAUUGCCAGGUAAUAUGGCUAAUGUUGUGCUGAGUGCGCCUGCUCACCAUCUUACUUUCUGCAACCAGCCAGCUCAACGUCUAGCCAACCUUCGAGUCCUGGCUGCCGACGAGGACGUCUCCGUAGAUAUAAGCGGUAUAAGCUGAAGGUUAGCAUCUAGUCAAUCGCCCUGGCUGUCCUCAGCCGCGCUCGUCGCCUGAACAAGAACUGGCUCGAAGACAAAGACGCCGUCAUCAGCAGCCUGCUCGCCGAGAAGAACCGUUCACACAAUGCCUACGUCAACCGCCCCACCGACGAAGACAAGGUAGCCUUCUACUCUAGUCGCCGCUCUGUGCAACAGCAGCUGCCGGAGAUGCCGGAUGCCUGGAUGACUCACAAGACCCAGAAGAUUCAAGGGCACACGGAGCGCAACGAAUGGAAAAACCUCUUCGCCGCGAUCAGGACUGUGCCCAGUCCCACAGCCAUGGAAAGCCUCCUUUCCUCAGCGCCGAAGGAACUACCUCACUCUGUGAUAGGGUGCAAAUUCUGA